AUGAAGAUUCUACUGACGUUACUGGCGCUGGCCGUUUGUGCGGAAGCAACCAUCAGCACAUUCCUCGAUUUGCUGCAACCCGCUCCUAAGGCUGUUCCAGCGGCAGCUCCUGUCCAACCAGGAUAUGCUUCCUAUUAUCGACAGGCACCGGCUCCGGCUCCAGCUCCUGUCCACCCAGGAUAUGCUUCCUAUUAUCGACAGGCACCGGCUCCGGCUCCAGCUCCUGUCCAACCAGGAUAUGCCUCUUACUACCGACAGGCACCGGCUCCCGCUCCAGCUCCUGUCCAUACAGGAUAUGCUUCUUACUACCGACAGGCUCCAGCUCCGGCUCCAGCUCCAGCUCCUGUCCAUACAGGACAUGCCUCUUACUACCGACAGGCACCAGCCCCGGCCCCAGCUCCGGCUCCAGCCCCUGUUCAUCCAGGACAUACCUCUUACUACCGACAGGCACCUGCUCCAGCUCGACCUGCACCAAUCGUGCGCGUGAUUCAGCCUAUUGUGUAUGUCCCUCGACCAGCGCCUGCACCAGCUUCCUACUACCGUCAUCCAGCUCCACCGCAACAAUCGAAUGCAGUUCUAUCACCAGCUGUUCACACGGCAGCUCCGGUCGUAUCGAGCACGUUCGUCGUUCAGAAGCCGUUCACCCAAACCCAAGUGCAGCAAACCGCUCCAAGAGUAGACUUCAGCAUAGUGCCAUCGCAGUCCUUCUCGUACAGCUAUGCCGAUGUUGCAGAUUCUGGCGCAAAGGUGCAGUCUUUGCCACAAACCACAAUCAAUGUGCCUUUUAACGCUGCAUCUGCGGGUGCUUCUGCCCACAGUGUACAAUCCGAUUACACCGUAGAGAUGGUGAAAUCCGAAGGUCACUCGUACACGUUACCUGACGAGCACAUUACAAUCGAAGAGACGGUUGCACCGGUAGCGAACGUGGAAGUUCACAACGACGCUGGAGUACCGCAGAAUCUGAAACUGGACGUUCGUGGUCCAAACGUAGCCGAAGAGGAAACCGUUGCUGUUGUCGCUUCGGCAGACGCUACGGCAAUUGUCAACGACGACGACGAUGAUGUUGCACCGGUAGUGGAGACUCACGCAGCUGCCGAUGAACCGGUUGCCCUUUCCGGCCCGAUCGUCGUUGAAUCAAACGUGGAGACAAACGCAGAAGCUACUGCAGAAGUCGUGCAGGAUGAACUUGUUGCACCAGUACAGGAGGUGGCACCUGUUCAGCAGUUUGCACCAGUUCAAACAGAAGCAGCAGCUCAACCACUGGCCACAGUUACGCUCAAUCAAGAAGACAUUACCCAGCAGAUCCUAAGGCAAGCCAUACCGGACGUUAUUAGACAGGUUUCACCACACAUCAUCCAGCAGGCCAUUCCCUUGGUCGUUGACCGUGCCGUUCCCCAGAUCGUAUAUCAGGUGGGUCAACAACAGCGCAAGCAAGAGAACGUCCAGAUCGUGACUCCCUUCAAUCGUCAACAGCAACAACAGCAACAGGACGAGAAGGUCUUUGUCAUGUACGCCACUUCGGUUCCGCAAGCGCAAUCUCAAGCAAGCUUCAGUCAACGUGGCCAGUACGAUGAAUCAGAGAACCUAGUCGUUCCCAUUGGCAACCGUAAUCAAUACAAUGCCGGCGCCACUGCCCAUGCAAAUCACGCCCAUAAUGAACAGAAAAUCGUGUUCGAAAAGGGUAUCGAUGUCGGUAGCCAUGUGGAAGAAGAACGCCGCAGUGUCGGCAACGUUAACCAGCAAAUUAUCAGUAAUUUCCAGAGGGAAAAUUUGGACUACCAACAGGAGCAAGGCUCGGCGAAUAGAUUUUCCGGAGCAGGAUCACAGCAAGGAGGAUUUACCUCGACGAGUAGCUUUUCCGGAGCAGGAUCACAGCAAGGAGGAUUUGGCUCCGGGAGUAGCUUUUCCGGAGCGGGAUCACAGCAAGGAGGAUUUGGCUCCGGGAGUAGGUUUUCCGGAGCAGGAUCACAGCAAGGAGGAUUUGGCUCGGCAAGUAGCUUUUCCGGAGCGGGAUCACAGCAAGGAGGAUUUGGCUCGGCGAAUAGCUUUUCCGGAGCAGGAUCACAACAAGGAGGAUUUGCAUCGACGAGCAGCUUUUCCGGAGCAGGGUCAGGAAACUUCCUAAAUCAAAAUCAGCAUCAGUACCAUCAGUAGGCGCUGGACAAUCCAAGUAGCCACGAUUAGAAAUGUCAACCAAAAAUAAAUAAACGCUAACAUAACUAUAUGUUUGUUGUGACUAACCAGUAGGAACACACAAUGUCUUUAUAGUUGUAAAAUGUACAGUACACACCUGAUUGCGAAAGAAUUCUGUGCCAUCGAUCGUAAAU